CUCAGCACAGCAUCGUCAUAAGGCUGCAGAGUGACUCUAGAUUGCAACACCACUUUUGAACUUCAGAGUGACUUCUCUACUGACAGGGCCCAAAGUUACACUACGGGUCUCCUCUAACAUAUGUCCGAGUGUUCGUCGCAGCGCCUACACGACGAAAUUGACCAUUCGCAUCCGCGCAGAUCUCCACACUCUCCAUCUUUGAGCCCGGACAGACGAACACGUAAAAGGCGGAUUCUGAAGACUACUUUUGGGGCGCCAGCAUGGUUCUGGGGGAAAUGGAUGCUUGAGCCGUGUAGUGUCGGCAUCUCCAUCGUCAACAGCGUCAUGGUUGGCAUUGACCAUUCGAAGGUUCGAAAUCCACCUAUAUAAGGAGGCUCUGGAGGUCCUCAAAGCUCCAUCAACACUCAUCCACAUUCACACAUUCGUUCUUGAGCUAAAGCCGCCAAUAUGAAGCUCGCAA